AUGAUCUACAUGGCACAAGCAAUGCCAGGUUCACCACGCCCAGAGAUUCGGCGCAAGCGUCAGGGCUCGCCUCACCCGGGCGCGCGCCGCAGACGUCAAGGGUCACCGCAUCCAAACGCCAUCCAGGGUGGUUUACUAGGCUCUGGUUCUGCAUCCCCGAGCAAGCCCUCAUCGGCGGCUCCGUCUCCGCCUGCGGGACCCCAGAUCAUCCCAGACAAUAUCCCGGAUCUCAUCUCCAUAACACCUGCGAUCUUCGUCCCGGCCACGUAUGACUACACGCAGCCACGGUCAUCACCCGCCGGCGCCGACGCCACCACCAGAGAAGACGGCACCGGCUCCACCGCCGCGCGCGUCGACCGCGCCAUGGCCGAGCUGGAAGACCACAUGACGGCCGUGAAGCGCAACAUCGCGACCAUGGUCCUGCAGCAAGCGCGGAAGAUCCACCGGGAUGCCGCAGCGGCCGAGCUGCAGCACGCGUCUCAGAACGGUGGGCUGCCCCCGCGCUCGAGACGGCUCCCGCCCACCCAGUCGGACGAGGAGGCGCUGGUCCGGAGCCUGGAGGAGCCGCGCGACCCACGCCGUGCGUACGGCCUCCCCCCAGACUUCGGCUGGGCCAGCGUGCCGCCCGUGGGUCCGGACCCCAGGGACACGCCGCGCGAGGCGGCGGUCACACGCUUCGCGGAGCUGAUGAGGUUCGCGGCCAUGCAGAUGGAGGGGUACGAGAUGCACUGCGAGGGCGUGAGGAAGGAGAAGAAGGCACAGGUUGCAAAGGACGUCGCAGAGGAGCUGGCUAGGGACUUGGCGAGACCGUCUUCACCUCAAGCGGAGAUGCCAGCAGCCACGACGACCACGACUACGACGGAGGAGGAGGUUGAUGACUUUGGUAUUCCCAUGAAUAUUGAUAUGGAAUGA